AUGGCAAUUUGCGCUUCUUGCCGUUUCGCCCUGCGGCGCACUAUCACUACACACCCUACGAAACCCAUGGCAGCUCGUUCAAUAACUACAAGCCCAUCAACGGCCGCCUCGAUUCUAGAGAAGCCUACGUGGUCCGUUCGAAGUCUACUUCCCUCUUCGCAAUCCUCAGUACCAGCAGAGAAGAUUACACCAAAGCAAUUACACCACCUCCUCCGUCUCUCAGCCCUACCGCUUCCUACAACACCCGCCGACGAGACUGCCAUGAUAAAUACCCUUGAGAGCCAGCUACAGUUUGUUCGUGCUGUGCAAAGUGUUGAUACAACCGGCGUUGAACCCUUGCGGGCGAUCCGCGACGAGACACCAGAGGCUCGACAAGAGGUGACGAUUGGUCUUGAAGAGCUGCAAGAGGCCCUGGGCAAGGAGGUCCGUAUAGGACAUUACCAGCGGGCGAGGCGGGUUAGAGAAAAGAUUGAGUCUAAUGCGGAGAAGUGGGAUGCUCUUGGUACAGCAGGCAAGACAGCUGGAAGAUAUUUCGUGGUCGAGAGUGGAAAGAAGGACGUUGAAGGUGGAGAAUAA